UCCUUUCCAGUUUCAACUCAUAAUAAUCUAGUGUUCCCUUUCGAGGGAUUUUUCCCCCUUUUUUUCUUUUUUUUUUCUUUUGAUUUUUUUUGAAUUUUUUUCUUUUUUGGGUUUAAUUUGGUUUAGUUUCCUUUUUUGUCCUCAUCCUCAUCUUCUUUUUCGAUUUCUCCAGAAAUCCUAACCCUAUAGAUUUUCUCAGAAUCUUCAAAAUUUUAACUAAACUGAAAGAAGAUGCAGCAGCAAAGGCUAAAGCAGCAGCAUGCUCUGAUGCAACAGGCUUUGUACCACAAUCCCAGUCUCAUGAGUGGUCCUCAGAUAGAACCUAUCUUGAGUGGGAAUCUUCCUCCUGGCUUUGAUGCAGCUACUUGCCGCAGCGUAUACGUGGGAAAUAUUCACCCCCAGGUCACGGAACCCCUUCUGCAAGAAGUCUUUCUGAGUACUGGUCCCAUUGAAGGAUGCAAACUUAUUAAAAAAGAUAAGUCAUCGUAUGGUUUUGUGGACUACUUUGAUCGCAGAUCAGCUGCCCUUGCUAUUGUUACUCUAAACGGAAGGCAUCUAUUUGGGCAACCUAUUAAAGUUAAUUGGGCAUAUGCUAGCAGUCAGAGGGAGGAUACAUCAGGUCAUCACAACAUUUUUGUUGGUGAUCUCAGCCCUGAAGUUACAGAUGCUACUUUGUUUGCAUGCUUUUCUGUGUACUCUAGUUGUUCGGAUGCUAGGGUUAUGUGGGAUCAAAAAACUGGCCGCUCGAGAGGUUUUGGUUUUGUUUCUUUCAGGAACCAGCAGGAAGCCCAGAGUGCAAUUAAUGACUUAAAUGGGAAGUGGCUUGGAAGUAGACAGAUCCGUUGUAACUGGGCUGCAAAAGGUGCCACUUCCAACGAUGACAAAUCUGGUUCGGAUGCCAAAGGCGUUGUAGAGCUGACAAAUGGAACCUCUGAAGAAGGUCAAGAGAAGACUAAUGAUGAUGCUCCAGAGAACAAUCCUCAGUAUACCACGGUUUAUGUGGGCAAUCUUGCCCCAGAGGUUACAUCAGUUGAUCUCCACAGGCUUUUCCAUACCCUUGGAGCAGGAACUAUUGAAGAUGUUCGCGUGCAACGAGAUAAAGGUUUUGGUUUUGUGAGAUACAGUUUGCAUACUGAAGCAGCUUUAGCUAUACAGAUGGGAAAUGCUAGAAUUCUAUGCGGUAAACCAAUUAAGUGUUCAUGGGGUAGCAAGCCUACUGCACCAGGAACAAGCUCUGCCCCUUUGCCUCCACCGGCUGCUGCACAUAUGCCUGGUUUUUCAGCUGCCGACCUGGCUGCCUAUGAACGACAUAUGGCAAUGAGUAAAUAUGGCGGUGCACAGGUAAUGGGUAUGAUGCAUCCACAGGGUCAGCACGCCCUUAAGCAAGUGGCCAUGGGAAUGGGUGCGGCUGCAGCUGGUCAAGCAAUCUAUGAUGGUGGAUACCAAAACGUUGCAACAACUCAGCAGCUUAUGUACUAUCAGUAAAUGGCGAGAUCCUGAUCUAUUUUGGCUUCUCGUAUUUGGAGAACUGCUAGGAUGCUUCUGUUGUUUCCAUUUUUCUCUUAGUUUACCCCCUUUUUUUGGUUAAGAUUGCUGAAUACCUUCAACUUGUAUGUGGACUAAAUCCAUUCCUUUGCUAACUAAUGUCUUUUGUGAUCAUUAUCAUAUAUGAGAUAGCUUCAUAUUUCUACCUCUA